AUGCCCGGCUACCAACCUCAGAAUUACAUGACACAGCGGCGAAAGUCGUCUGUCUUCAGCAACUCUCAAGACCACCUUUGGGGCAUCCGCGCCAUUCUCGCAGUGCAGAGUUUCGCCUGGCUGUUUUUCAAGGUCUUUGAUCCGACGCUGACAGUCCCGGCACCGACGACGACUGGAGAACACGUACCCAACAACGCGCCAUCGACAGUGCCUGGUGUGUUUGGUGGUCCCGGUAUUGUCGCUCCUGGUGCUGGCUCCGGAAUUGUAGCUCGCGAUCUGUAUGCUCGCGACUUGUAUCCUCGCAACCUCAGUAUGUCAAAAUCUCCUUUCUCCCUAUCAAAUCAGAGUGAACGGUGGGAGCGAGCGGCGAUAUCCCGACCAUUCAAGAAGUCUCCCCACUACCAAGUGCUCCUCCGCAAGAUCCUCUCACCCCUUCUCUGGGAUGAAUCCUUCAUUUUCUGCUUCUUCAUCCUCUUGUCAGCCCGCACAGUCGCCAUCUCUUUCCUUCGCGAUGCAAACUCGGCAACCUAUGCACGCUCGCUCAUCGCCCGCCCCAUCCGCAUGGGCAUCCCUCUGGCCAUCGGCCUCGCCCUCUCGUGCAUAAUUUUCAGCACAAUCAACACUCAAUACCUCGAAGACUUUGCCAUUCUCAAUGGCAAUCCAUACCUACGUGCGCCCGAGAAGCCAGCUUCUGCACUGGCUUGCUUUAACAGUAUCUGGGACUUGCUGUGGGUGACCAAGGAUUACUCGUUGCAGAUGGGUAACCUGGCAUUCCCCUCUUGGACACUGUGGGUGCCCAGUGCCGUGUAUCUGCAGAGUUACACCGUCUACAUCUUCAUGGUCGUCUUGCCUUACAGCAGACCAUCUUGGCAUGUCACCGGCCUCUUGAUGUUCGCAUUCGGCUCUUGGUGGUUCAACAGCUGGGGCUGGUACUCAGCCACCGGUCUUUUCCUCGCUGAUGUCGCUGUCAACCCUCCUUUGCGCACCGCCAUGUUCCGCGGCUACAGCAAUGAGAGUGGCAGUGUAAGAAUGCCUUACUGGUCUUUGGCUGUCUUGAUGCUCGGUAUUGGAACUGGUCUCAAGUACAUGUGGACUGCAGGCUUGGACAACCUGUACUGGAGUGGCGAGUCCCAUGCCCAUCCCGCUCGCUACCUCGGCGGCAGCAGUUUCGGCUACUUUGAUGGCACCCAGCCUUACCCUCGUAUGGACAAUUGGCUGGUUAUUGUUGGUAUCUUGCUGCUCGUCGAGUUUAGCGAGGUCACCAAGAGCAUCCUGUCCAGCAAACCUCUCAAGACUGUUGGAAGACGUUCGUUGAGUAAGCCACCCUUCUUGCACUGCUUCAUGGAACCCCUACUGAUUGUAUCACAGGCNUACUUCCUCGUCUCUACCCUCCUCAUGUACACCGCUGGCAUCAAGCUCUUCCUAUACUGCAACGUCUCAGCUGGACUCAGCUCUGCUGCGGCAAAGGCCGUCGCUUUCUUUGUCGUCUUGCCUGCAUCGAUUCUCUGCGGCGAGUUGUUCCACUGGGCCAUUGACAAGCCUGCUGUAUGGGCCGGUCAUGCAGUCUUUGACUGGACAAGAAAGUAA